UGUUGAACUCUGUUCAGUAACAUGAGCAGCAGUGUUAUAUGAGUUUAAUCUCUGAGAAACUGUUUGUGUUUGUUCUGCAGGAGUGUUUGGUGCUGGAACAGAUGAAGUGAAGACUGUGAUGGAGGGAGAUUCAGUCACUCUAAACCCUGAUCUUACUCAAAUACAGGGAAUUAUUCAGAUGAUGUGGAGGUUUAAGGAUUCACGUUCAGUCAUUGCUCAAAUCGAGGGAAAUGAUAUUUCAUAUCCCAUUGUCCCUGAGAUGUUCGAAGACAGACUGCAGCUGGAUCAGACUGGAUCUCUGACAAUCACAAACAUGAGAACUAAACACUCUGGACUUUAUAGACUAGAGAUCAACCACAACCAUGGGACCUCACGUUUGAAUUUCAGUGUUAAUGUCUAUGAGUCUCCAGAUGUUAUUGAAGCUUUUAAAGGUGAAAUGAAGAGUGUAUCAGAGACGGAGGGGAAUCCUGUCACUCUUCAGACUGAUAUUAAAACACACAGAAAAGAGCUGAUAGUGUGGAGGUUUGGAGAUGAAGGAAAACUCAUAGCUAAACAUGAUCUAGAGACCAAGAGUCUAAGAUUAUAUAAUGAUCCUGAUGAGAGAUUCAGAGAUAGACUGAAGCUGGAUCAUCAGACCGGAUCUCUGACCAUCACAAAAAUCAGAAUCACAGACUCUGGAGUUUAUAAAGUGAAGAUCAGCAGCAGCAAUCAGACUUUAAACAAGAGAUUCGUUGUUACUCUCAGCGCUGUUCCAGUCCCAGCUCUGUUUCCAGCUGCUCUAGCAGGGAUUGUUCUGCUGGCAUUUUCAGCUGCUGGUGUUUUUUAUCAUCGUUACAAAGUCUCUGAACUACAAAAGCAAACGAUGAAGACAGUCAUAGAGAGAGAAUCUGUCACUCUAACCCCUGGCAUUGAAAUAAACAAAGAUGAUCAGAUACAGUGGCUGUUUGGAGAUGAAAAGAAGACUGUCAUAGCUGAAAUCCAAAGAGGGACUGGAGAGAUCACUGUUCCUCAUGAUGGGAGAUUCAGAGGCAGACUGGAGAUGGACAAGAAGACUGGAUCUCUGAUCAUCACAAACACCAGUACUGAAGACACAGGAGUCUAUAAACUGAAGAUCAGAGGAGGCAGAUUUGUACAGAACUUGUGCAGAAGACUUGUGCAGAACUUGAACAAAAGAUUCAUCGUUUAUGUCAAGGAACAAGUGAAUAAAUCAGUGCUGGAGGGACGUCCUGUCACUCUGAAGUGUAAUACUAAAAUACAGGAGGAUGAUGAAAUACAGUGGAAGUUUGAAGAGAAACUCAUAGCUGAAAUGACUGGAGAGAACCGUGAGAACCCUCAAUGGUUUGCUGAUGAUGAAUUCAGAAACCAAAUGAAGCUGGACCCUCAGACUGGAUCUCUCAUCAUUCAACAAACCAGACCUGAACACUCUGGAUUAUAUAAGCGAGUGAUCAAGACCAGAGAUUAUUCAACAUUCAGACUCUUCGAUCUUAUCAUCUGUGAUGAAGUGAAGUCAGUGUCAGUGAUGAAGGAGGCGGAUGUGACUCUACGUGCCAAUACUGAAAUACAGACAGGAGAUAAGAUAUUCUGGAUGUUUGGAGAUGACAACCAUCUCUUAGCUAAAAACACAAAAAAAAUAUGCAAAGAAAAGUAUAAGUGCUUUGAUUCUAGAUUGAUAGGCAAAGCGGAUCUGAAUCAUCAGACUGGAGAUCUCACCAUCAAGACAAUCAGAUCUGACCACACUGGAAAAUACAAACUAAAGAUCAUCAGAAAUGGCAGAUCCUCAUUCAAGUUAUUCGAUGUUAGUGUUUAUGGACAAGUGAAUAAAUCAGCGCUGAAGGGAGAUUCUGUCACUUCUGAACUAUUGAUACUGUAAAUACAAGGAGGAUGAUUAAAAUACAGUGGAAGUUUGGAGGGAAACUCAUAGUUGAAAUGACUGGAGAGAACCGUGAG